UUUUGCUUUACUUUAUACUGUUUGUGUUUAUCGUGAUUUUUUUAUUAAAAUGAAAUUGUAGGGAAUUGGAAAUAAAUGAAAUAUUUGAAUAAAAUUGAUAAUCAUUUGGUACUAAGGUGUCUACAAUGGAAGAUAAUACUUCGACACCUAAAAGAAGGCGACUUGGAGUUGGAAGAAUUUGUUCAAGUCGAAAGAAGAAAAUCUCCAGUGCGAGAUCGAAUUACACUUCUGUUACACCAAAAAACUCCCAUACCACUGGAACAAUUCUAGACAACUGUGAUUCCCCCCAAUUACCAUCAAAUCAAGUGAAAUAUUUAUGCGAUUCCGGCAAUACUUCGUACAGUGAUAUAUCUUGCUCGUUCGAUGUAUUGGAAGGUUCAUUUCUUAAGGAUACCAAGAAUUCAUCUUCAGGGUGCAAAUAUGGUAAUAUAAACUCCGUUCAUGAUACUAUAGCAAGAGAAAUCGAUAAUAUUUCUGAAGAUAUGUUUAAAUCAAAGUUGGAAAGAUCUAUGUUUAUGAGUGUUACCGAGUUAGUGGCUAAAGAAAAUCUCAAGGAAGAUUUGGGAGAUCAUAAUAAUUGUGAGGAAAGAUCAAAGUUAUCAGAUAUUACUCAAGAGGUGACACAUAAAAAUAAUAUAACAGAAGAAAAUAGUGGUGAACCAAAUCAUGAAGAAAUUAAGAAAGUUCCACCAGAUAUCCCAUCAUUUUUAGAAUCAAGUGCAGUGGGCGACUUAAAUAAAUCAGAGGAAUCAAAUGAACUUGAUAAUAAAGAAAACAAGAAAGAAUAUGAAAGAAGUGUAGAAGAGACAUUUGAUUUUAUAAAUGAAACAAUAUGUAACUUUGAUGAAUCAGACAUGGCUAUAGAUCCAGUCGAGUUACAGAAUCUGUUUGCAUCGCCAGGACCAUACAGAAAAACACAGAACACAUGCAAAACUGUAGAGGAGGAAAAAUCAUGUGACAACUUCUAUGGACUACCGAUGAUGACAAAAGCUCUGUUUAAAACUUAUCGGAAUGUUGAAAAGUUUUAUGACUGGCAAGAGGAAUGUUUAAAUUUAGAAGCAAUAAAAAAAGGCAAGAAUUUAAUCUAUGCCUUACCAACUAGUGGUGGCAAAACCCUGGUCGCUGAAGUAUUGAUGUUAAGACAGGUGUUGAAUAACAGGAAAAAUGUUCUGUUCAUAUUGCCUUAUGUUGCUAUUGUUCAGGAAAAGAUAUGGGCGCUCUCUCCUUUUGCUCUACAACUGGGAUUCCUGGUAGAAGAGUAUGCAGGUGGCAAAGGAAACAUGCCGCCCACUAAGAGACGAAAGAAGCACAGCAUCUAUGUGGCGACCAUAGAGAAAGGUCUUGCGUUAAUCAGGAGUCUUAUUGAGUUGAAGAGGCUAGAUGAACUCGGGCUUAUUGUGGUAGAUGAAUUACAUUUAAUUGGUGAGAGAAGUCGUGGAGGGACGCUAGAAACCUUGCUGGCUACUGUAUUGUUUACUAAAGAGCCCAUUCAGAUAGUAGGCAUGAGUGCAACUAUUGGUAACCUGGAUGAGAUAGCGAAGUUUCUGAAGGCGGAGGUGUACGAGAGGCAAUUCCGGCCGGUGCAGCUGACGGAGUACGUGAAGCUGGGUGGCAUGCUGCACAGGAUCCAGUGGCGAGAGAGCGGCAUGGAGCUAGUACCUGAUAGGGAGCUGGUGUAUGAUUACGCCCCAGCGGCCAUAUCCCUCGACCCUGACUUGCUGGGCGGGCUGGUGUCGGAGGUGGUGCCUGAGGGCAGUUGUCUGGUAUUCUGUCCCACCAAGCGCAACUGCGAGAACGUCGCCGCGCUCCUGUGUAAAAUGUUGAGGAAAGGGAUGACCAACCACCGACUAGAGGAGCGCUUGAGCCUGCAAGCCACGCUGAGGGCAGAAGGCAGCAAUUACGAGUUGAUGCGCGCGGUGAAGUGUGGUGUAGCGUACCACCACGCGGGGCUCACCAGCGACGAGCGGGGACUGUUGGAGAAUGCUUUUAGGAGUGGUGUGAUAUCCGUGUUGUGCUGCACGUCGACCCUCGCAGCCGGUGUGAAUCUGCCCGCUCAGCGCGUGCUGAUCCGAGCGCCGUACGUAGGGAGCGAGUUCCUCACGCUGGCCGCAUACCGACAGAUGGUCGGCAGGGCGGGACGCGCUGGCAUUUGCGAGAAAGGUGAGAGCAUAAUGAUAUGCCCACUACGUGACAAGGCUAAGCUGUCGGGCGUGUUGCGCGGGGGCUUGUUGCCCGCCAACAGCGCGCUCAUGGAGUGUACGGGCAUGGCGGGCAGCGUGGCCAGCUCGGGCGGCGCGCUGGCGGGCGCGGUGCUGGGCGCCGUGAGUCUGGGGCUCUGCACCAGCGGCGGUAGCUUGCGGCGGCUGCUGGCCGGCACACUGCUCGCCGUGCCGCAGGACCACAGGAAAGUGGACAUAACGGCUGUGUGUGACAACACCCUCAAAACGUUGAUACAGACUGGUGCUCUAAAGGUGACCGGAGAAGUACCGCCCGACCCUCAGGACUUGGAUAUGGAAACGGAAAGUGAAUUAGUUUAUUACAAUAGCGAAUUAGCUGUCAGUGACCACGGCAAGGCGGCUGUGAAAGGCGGCAUGGACCUGUCUGUGGCGCGGCAGCUGGCGGAGGACCUGGAGUGGGCGGCGCGCGGGCUGGUGCUGCUCGGCGCGCUGCACCUGCUGUACGUGGUGACGCCGCACGACGCCGCCGGCAUACGCGUCGACUACAGGCACUACUACUCGUUGUACUGCGAGUUGGAUGAAGAGGGUUUGCAGACGGCCAAAACUUUGGGCAUCACGGAGAAUAACGCGAUACGCAUGAUGACCGGGAAACCUAUCACGAGUGUGCCGGUAAGCGUGCUGUGUCGGUUCUACGUGGCGUUGAUGCUGCGAGACUUGUGGAGACAGAUGCCUUUACCGGCAGUAGCUGAAAAGACAAUAUGUGGCGGCAGGUACUUGGUGGGGCGCGGCGUGGUGCAGGCGGUGGUGAGCGGCGCGGCGAGCUUCGCCGUGGGCGCGGCGCGGUACUGCGAGUGCGAGGAGCGGCGCUGGCCCUUCGCGGCGCUGCUGGCGGCGCUCGGCGCGCGCCUGCGCACGUGCGCCGCGCCGGAGCUGCACCACCUCAUGGACUUGCCUGCUGUUAAAAAGGGUCGAGCUCUGCAGCUGAUGCGUGCGGGAUACAAAAGGAUAGAGGACAUCGCGAAGGCAUCCCCCAAUGAUCUCAUGACCUCCAUCUCUCACUUGUCCAAGACCGCCGCUACGCAGCUCAUCAGCGCGGCAAGGUUAAUGCUUAUAGAGAAAGUAGAAAACUUGAGGGCUGAGGCUGAAGAAGUUAUGGAGGAACUCAAAAUGUAAAUAAAUGAAGUAAAUUUAAUUCGAGGUUAUACUCAAUUCAAUGUGAUAUUUUUGUAAAUAAAAUGAUAUAUAAA